AUGGCUGAAGAUAUUGAACUUGAGAAUCCAGUUGGAGUUGUUGAUGGCUUCAUGGAUAAUUGGACCGAGGAUCAACGUCGCCUGUUCAACGAAGAUUGGGCUAAUGACGAAGGUUUGUGCGAGGAACUCGAACAGUUGCCUGAACCGUCAGAAAACCAGAUGGGUGAAGGGAGCAAGCAAAAGCACGCCAGUGAUGACGUCCCCUCAAAGCGCCAAAGACCAGAGGAGUAUUUUACAAUCAAGUCGGUGAAACAAGUCAACGUGAGGAAAUUCUGGACGACAGGUACACAAACUGUUUUUAUAUUUUUAAGCGUAACAUCAGUUAUGUGCGGGAUAGAGUUUAUUAUGUGCGAGCAAGGUCUCGUUUUUAUUAGGCUCUGUUUACACUAUACCGGAUUGCUACCGGAGUGGGUCAAAUUUUGUAGGUAUCGAAAGGCAGUGAAGAUUUUUAAUCUCAGAGACCUAAAUAAACAUGCCAAUUCUGUCAAACUGAUAAGAAUUUGCUAUUAACCAUUGCUCCGUAACGGCAAAAGAAGAUGUCGUGACCAGCGAAUCCGGUAUAGUGUAAACAGAGUCAAAUAAGAGUUAUGUUUAUUGCUUGUGUGUACAUCUGUAACGUACAAACCUAUCCAACGCAUAAGCUUUUUAUAAAUAGCCAUAACUCUCAAAUGAAGCUUUAGUAUUUACAGGGCUUAUGAUUUGAAUUGUAGCUAAAGUAUAGCACUAUCCGAUAAAUAGCCUUGUUUGUACAACCCACGACCCCCCGUUUUUAGGUAUUCUUUUUAGGAUUAUUCUAUAUCACUGGGUAAUCUCAAUAAUAUUAUUGUUGUAUGUCCAAUGAGUGAUAGCUUUAAAGUUUGUUCGUUCACUGCAAUCAGAUAUAUAAAUCAUGUUGUCCGUUGGUUGUCCGUUAAUCUCUCACUGCAGACACACGUUGCCAUGAAAAUACGACGCAGGCCAGGCCGAACGUGUUUAUAUUUCCACAAGCCUAGGCCUAGGCCACCACUUGUAGUGAACCCAGAUUUCCAGGCAUAGGCCAGACCCCAAGGCCAGGCAAAGACUAGGCCAAAGUCUGUUUACACUGUCAAAAUGUAGGCCAAGGUUAAUGCAAGGCUUGUACCGUAAACACGACUCAUGAAAUGUUGGGUGUUUAAGGCUACUUGUUACCAACCAUAGUCUUCCGAUUGCUAUUACUUGGUUAGUACAAUAGUGUAUUACGGUUUUUAGGUACAGACUACACUGUCCGAUUCAAUCCGUUGGACGUGCACGGGGUGUCAAACGUCAUGUCGACGUUGAACCGCGCAUUUCAACACUUAUUUGACCGACUUACGAGUGACAUGGCACCUCACGAUCAAGUUCGCUUGAUCCUCAACUUGCAUCAGCUGGACAAAUCCAUUUCCUUGCCUUUCCUACAACGAGAUCAUCUGACGCCUGAACGUUUCCUAGCUGCUAUUGAACGUGUCGUACAGUCCAAUGACCAAUUUACUUUGGAUGACUCUGUCAGCGUCAACAUGGUCCAUGUGGAAAUGCCUAACGGUGCCGGUAGAAAACGACGUGACGUUGUGAAGCUGCUCUUCCUGGUUAUCAGCUGA